AUCAAUACAUGACGAUUUGCCGCAGCCAAGCCGAUGCUAUUAAGCGCUGCCGUCCAUUUUAGGGUGCAAAAUACUACAAUGUGUUGUUGAAAAUCCAUCGUUUAUAGUCAUGAUGAAGAAUAAAAACAACAGCAGCGUUUUUGUCAUUGCCAAUUUGUCUACCAAUCACGAGGACAAUGUGGAAACGGCCAAAGAAAUGAUCGAAAAAGCUUGCAAAUGCGGCGCUGACUUUGUUUACAUGGAAUUAGACGAGAGCACGUGUGCGUUUUCAAAUGCGGACAUUGAACAUUUUCACGCGAUAGCCAAAGAAAACGAUGGCAACUUCACCACCAAAUCGCUAGUGGGGUCGAUCCGACAUAUCUUGCCAAUAAAAAGAUUCAAGGAGAGCGAUGGCGAAUCCAGCGACAACGACGACCAACAGCCUGCCGACCGGGGCUCGCCGAAAGUUGACCAGCUUCAGGCGGACGGCUAUGACCGCAGACCGCGUGGCAAUGACGGCAGUGGCGUGGACCUGUUGGCUAAACUACAAGAGGAAUAUCCUAAACACCAGCUCCAGUUUUGGGAUUUUCAGGAAAAAAUCACUUGUCUGCCCGAAAUCGUGGUAGCCAUCGGAAUAAAGGCCAUCUCGUGUAAGUUUACUUUGGACGACAAGCGGCCAGGUUUCGAUCACGGGGUGUCCAUAUGCGCCAGGGACUUUAAGUCUAUGGUGACCAACAUCAAGACGGUGGAAGCAGCUCUGGGCACGGGAAUGAAAGAAGUGCUUUCGCCAUCGGAGCUACCUUGUUUCAAAAAGCUGUUCAAGAGCGUCGUGGCCGCACAGAACUUGGAACGGGGAUCCAUUUUAAAGGCCGAGGACAUGAAGAUCAAAGUAAGCGUCAUGCAGAGCAUGAGUGGUUUUUACUUUCCGGUGGUCAUCGGCCGAGAGCUGUUGUCCGAAGUCGACGAGGACGAUCCGAUUUUUGCUUCUGACUUUGACGGGCUAAAACACUAUUCGCAGUACAUGUCAUAUGCCAACAACACCCCAAAGAAGAGCUCGACUUCGAUGGGUGUGGACGUGGAGCUGUUUUUAGGUCGACGGUUGAACAUGAAAAGCCCUUGUUAUAUUAUUGCCGAAAUCGGACAAAACCAUCAGGGCGAUAUGAUGAUGGCCAAGAAAUUGAUAAAACUAGCCAAAAAAUGCGGAGCCGACUGCGUGAAAUUCCAAAAAACUUGCAUAGAAGAGAAAUUUACUAUGCUAGCGUUGCACAGACCGUAUGACAGUAAAAACUCGUUUGGUGCCACUUACGGGGAACACAAACAAUUUUUGGAGUUCACCGACGAGCAGUUCAAAGAGCUAAAAAAGUACGCUGUGAAAAAGGUCGGAAUACACUUCACAGCGUCGGCGAUGGAUCCGGUGUCCCUAGACUUCUUGCUGAGCCUCAAAGUGCCGUUCGUGAAAAUCGGUUCCGGCGAAUCUGGCAACUUGCCACUGCUGGAGAAGGCGGCCAAGGCCAAGGUGCCGUUGGUGAUAUCCACUGGAAUGCAAACAUUGACCGACAUACGGAUUACAUACCACACCGUCAGCAGACACCACAACAACUUUGCGCUGUUGCACUGCGUGUCCGCGUACCCGACUCCGGCCGAUGAAGCCAACCUAAACAUGAUCAAGACACUGCGCAAAAACUUUCCCGACAUUCUCGUUGGAUAUUCGGGCCACGAGGUCGGCUCGUGCAUUACCGCCGCUUCGGUGGCUCUUGGCGCCAAAAUCGUCGAAAGACAUAUCACUCUGGACAGAAACAUGAAAGGGUCGGACCACAUUUGUUCGUUGGACCCUUCGCAGUUUGCCAAACUCGUCAGGGACAUUCGGUACAUCGAGCAAAACUUGGACAUAUAACCACACUCGAAUUUCAUAUAUAACGUACAAUUUAUAUAUUUGUAUAUAAGUAUAAGUAUUAGGUAUUUAUUUGUAUAAGUUUCAAUUUCACGAAUUUGUAAAAUUACCAAUUAUCGCCAAAUUAUUUUUGUAAUUUUUCAUACUUUGUUAUUCUUCUUUUUAUCGUGUCCAGUGCUAGACUUUAUUUACUAAAAAAAUAUACCUAUUUAAGUCAAAUAAAUAAUCGAAAUAUAUAAUAAAUGUACAGGUAAUUAACUGAUGAUAUUAAUUUUGUUAUUGAUGAGCUGCUAACAUUUUUACAAGUUUCCAAGCAAACUCAGGCAAAAUUGUUUUAUUUA